GAAGUGACGUUGUCACACACUAGCAGGAAAUGGAGAGUUUCUUUUAAUAUGUGUAACUCAAGAGCUGUCGACUUUCAGACUUUGUACCACAGAAAAGUAAAAAAAAACCUGAGUUAAAAAUUCAAGUUAAAAUUUCGCUUGGAGAGCUGGAUAAAGGGUAAAAUUGUGUAGUUAUUGAACUGGAUGAUUUUAUUAGACUUGGAUACCUCACACUGAGACAUAAGCAAAUCCUGGAUGCUCCAUCAUGUGCUCAGUGUUAAUUGUGCACACUAGUGAGGCCCAGGACUGGGCCUCAUACCUGAAGCUCAUCCUCGAGGCGUCACAUUAUUUCCCCCAGGAUUCUAUUUCUUUUUAUCUUGUGGAUGGAGAACAUUCAGUGCAAGAUAAAGACUACUCGAUUUUUAGAGCCAGCCAGUGCAUCUUGCUUUUGCUUUCAGUAGCAUUUAUAGAUAUUCAAAGUGAGCCAGCGGUGCGGAACACCUUGAAGAAGUUUCUUUAUCCUCCGAGUAAAAUUGUCGCAUUUUUGUGUGGCGUCUCCGAAAGCGAUGGCUUAAUGGACUGUUUUGAACACUGGAAUAAUUGGAGAAAGCUUGAUUCGGAAGAUGAGCCAGCACUGUAUGUCUCCACAGUCUGUGAAGUUAUUGACGAAGAAAACAUUACUAAUCUUGCGAACGAAGUGACGACUGCAAAUAAAAUCUCAUCACCAAAACAAAGUAUGGAUCAGCCUGCUCCAGAGGAAGAGCAUCAGCUCCAUUCAGCUCAGUUCCACUUACCAGAGGAAGAUGUGGAUGUUUCACAUGGAAACGUGACUCAGUCCACAAGUCUAUCUGCAUCAGAAGAGCAGAAAGCAUGCCUUACUGUCCAACCUAACAGAAUCCUCUGCGGGACCCCCGUGGAUAUUUAUAUCAUUAUGGGAAACAAGUUGGACAGUCAAGACAGUAUUGAAGUGGAAUUUCAGUGUGAACAUUCAACAAAACGCAUGUCAGGAACUGCUGUGAACGAAUAUAUUGUUACAGUUCAGUCACCCGAUAUGCCAACCGGGGAAGUUACUCUGCAUCUGUAUAUUAAUGAGUCGAUUGUAUGUUCAACAACUGUGACAUACUACACAGAAAUGGAGGAAAUUAGCAAUUAUCUUGAAAAAGUUAUGGACCCUGUGCAUUUUAUGUGUCAGGCAUUCAGUAUCACAUCAAAUGCAGCAGAGGCACUGGAUAACAUGUUUACAGAUUCUCUCAAAAAACAGAUGCCUCCAAAUGGACUAAAAGUAUUUGGAAUUAAUCAGCUUGAAGAGGAUAUUACAAAUCAGCGGGAUGUGGAACUCCCAACAUUACUUCACUUCUCGGCAAAGUAUGGAUUAAAAAAGCUGAUGAGCACAUUGCUGCAAUGUCCUGGAGCCCUUCAGGCCUACAGCAUAGCAAACAAGAAUGGGGAUUACCCUAAUACGCUGGCCGAGAAAAGUGGUUUUCCUGAUUUGAGACAGUUCAUGGAUGACUAUGUUGAGACUAUAGACUUGGUCAAGAAUCACAUAGAGGAAUCCAUGACAACUCCAGGAGAUGAGGACAUUUAUGAGCCAAUGGCAAAUGCAUCACAAAAUUUCGUUGCCAAGUUUUCUCUUCAGGAGGACAUAUACGAGUCCAUGAUGCAACUCAAUCCUGACAUGCAGUUAUAUGAAGACUUGGACAGUUUGGACAGUUCUUUCAAUGAGUCUCAUUCAGAAGAUGCUGUGUUGAGAAAGUUUUUUGAAGUAAAUGCAAAGAAGCAUUCUGAGACAGAAGAUCUCGUAAAUUAUUCAUACUCUGGUGGAAGAGUCGAUGAGACAGAAGAGGAAAACAUAGAAGACAAUGUGGAAAACUAUGAGGAAGAAGACGAAGAUGAAGACCCGUAUAAGCUCUGCUAUCCAGAUGAAAUUUAUGACACCAUAGACGAUGAAGAAGGCUUUUCAUCUGUAAUUGCGAAUCGUCCACCGGCCCCGAUACCUCGAACAUGCACCACCUCAGAGCCUGAGGAAUGCAAAACCUAUAUUUCAACAGUUUUCUCCUCCAAGAACUCACUGUAUUCAGAAAGUAACUGCAAAGAGGACCAAUCUCCUGAAGUGAGGCCGGUGCCAGAGCGAAUGCUCAGCAGUGCCCACGAUCCCUAUGCUGGCAUGAAGACCCCGGGUCAGAGGCAGCUCAUCUCCCUGCAGGAGAGGGUGAAGGUGGGCGCGCUCACCGUGGAGGAGGCAGUGCAGGAGUUUAAAGCCUGGCAGUUUGACCAGGAAAAACGAUCCCAGUCCAUCCGCUUCCAGCAGGAAAAUUUACAAAAAUUACGAGACAGCAUCAUCCGACGUAAAAAAGACAAAGGAAAAAGUGGAAAAGCGUUAGAUCUGGAUAUAACUGCUCCAAUGCAGAGGAACCUGCGCUGGGGAUCUCAUAUGAACGUUGAAUGUUCCGUGUAUGAACCAACUCCUCGCUCCGUCACCCAACCCCCCUCUGCAAACAGACCACCACAGAGAGGAACUUGGCAUACAGGAAGUACAUCCAGCACGUCUAGCAGUGGCAGUAACAGGCUGAGCACGCUAAGCACCAUCAGCAACAGCAGUGGGGCAGAAGGCGAGCUAGAGGAGCCUGGUCAGGAGAAUGGUCCUCCUCCACCUCGCCCACCCCGCCCGGCAGCUGAAACUCCGCCCACACUCCCUCCUCCCAGAGUCCCGCCUCGCUUACCUGAAAGAUUUCCAGAGAGCAUGCUACAUGAGCGUUAUGUAUCAACUCCAGCUCGUCACCUCCCCCAAAUGCCUCCUCACAGACCCAUCCCUCCACCACCCAUAGCAAGAAGGCCACGGUGAUCACUUCUUACACGACACGUGCUUAAUGUUAUGUCACUUUUACCAAGCUUAUGAAACUCAAAUGUGCAAAAGACUUUUCAUAUUGAAGAAGGCUAAAGCCUGCCAUCUGGUGGCUACGAGUUUUAAUGGACAGCUGGAGGACUACUGCAAUGAAAGACCUGGGUUGGUGGUGCUUGGAAAGGCCUUGGUAUUACUUUUGUCUUUUGUUAUUGUUCUUCAGUAGCACAAAUUAUGCCUAAAAUCAGAGCAAUAUAAAAUAACAGUAAUUACUAAAUUGAUCUUAACAUGUUGUUAAACUGAUUACUGCUCCUGCUUUGAUUAAAUCAUUUUUAAUAUCCCAGCAGCUUUAGUAAACUAGGACCUUCAGGACUUAGGACCUUCAGGUAAUUUACAGUUUUAUAAGCAAUAUGUAAUGUUGUAAUCCAGUCGAAUCAACACAUUUCUCACACCACAGAAUCUACUAUUUUUGUUUGUAUUUAUUAAUAGUCCUUUAUUAACCUUUCACUUCUAACCAGAAGUGUUUCCUCUCUUCAUGACAUGAAACUAAUCAUGGACACGAAGCAUGGACAGGAAACUAAGCUGAACUGAAAAUGACACUUAUGAUUGUUACAAAUAGAAGCUGAUUUAACGUUAUUGUCCACGUGCUAGUCUGUGCAACAUCGUUCAAAUUUACUGAAUAUAACUUCAAGUUUAAAAUUUUUCUUUUCUGAAAGAAAAAUCUAAAGAAAGCUGUAUGAAGCAGAAAUAGUACCUGAUGGUCACAUUAUUUUUCUAAGAUAUUAAAUAUGUAAACAAACUA